AUGGCGCGUCGCAAGCUAAGCAAGGCAGAGGCCAGCCGUAGCUUUGAGCAAUACUACAAUCUCCUCUGUGAACAACAAAGUACAUGUCCUGCCUCGAUGAUGCGCACGCAUCGCGCCCGUGUGACGGACCAACUCGUGCAGAUCUGCGUGGAUCGUCUCGAGCCCAUUGACUGGUACCCAUUGCUUGAGGCCUUACGGGUCAAUACACGCUUGCAAAAAGUGGUGCUUGUGAGCAAAUACUAUGGCAUACAUCGCACAGCGGCGCGUCAGCAGCGGCAAAGGCAUGCCACGCGGCGCAAUCUGGGAAUUUUGCCCCCAUCUGCGACAAAUCUACCAGUCAUUCAUCAUGCCGCCGCGCUCGAUGAUCUCGUUCGCGCUCUUUCGGCCCUGUUGCAAAAUAACAAGGUCCUGACCACUCUUCAACUCCGUGGCUUGCCCUUUUCCUACCGUCAGCUCCAACGCCUCGUUCCGCACUUGGCCAGCCAUCCAAGCUUGCUGACACUCGACUUUGUUGACUGCAAACUGGAUGACGAGGCUAUUGAAGCCCUGGCCACGGCUCUACAGGCCAGCAACAACAUUAUGGCAGCAGAUCUCUCGCGCAACGCAUGUGGCCAGAAGGGCGCCCGGGGUCUGGCCCAAGUGAUUCGCGCGCAGAAUGCCAAACGCGGCGCAGAUGCAUGGGAGCAGAGCUUACGCGGUCGAGGUGCCGAUGUUUCGACCAUGCGGGGUAAUUAUAGCUUGCGGUACCUGAGUCUGGAUUUCAAUCGGUCCAUCGGUGAUGAGGGUGCCAUUGAGCUGGCCAACGCUUUGGCCGACGACACUUGGCUCUUGGAUGCCUUUUUCACGGCCAUGCGCACCAAUUCGGCCCUCAUUUUACUGGACGUGGGCAACAAUGGAUUGCCGGCCGCGGUGCGCGAGCGCUUGCAGCAAACCUCGGCCUUGAAUCGCCCGGCAGUACGCGGCGAGCUCGAUGAGUUUUCAGCCAAUGCCUACCAGCAGCUGUCUAGCCACGCCCACUUGCUGGGAGAGAUGGCCGCUUUGCGCCAGCAUCUUCAGCCCACGCGUCGCUCGACCAAGAGCGCGAGACGCAAGGGUCACCGCAAGUCUGAGUCCAAGGUCGCGGCCGAGCACGUGUCCCCGCGCUCCGACCAAUCCCCUCCUCCGCGUCUUGACAAACAUUCCGUGGAGGCCACCACCCCCCUCGCCACGAGGGCACCAAGCACGGUGCGGUAUUUGAUGCGCACAAGUUGA